UUCAUAAACAGAAGUUUUUAUGAUAUAUAGAAAAAGUAGUAAAAAUAGUAUAGUACUAGUAAUGGAGGAGAAUUUGAAAGAGGAGAAGAAUAAAUGGGAGAUAUCAUGGCGAUCACUGGUGAGGGAAAUGAAGAGAGAAGGAAUUAUAGCCGGGCCGAUGGUGGGCGUGGCGGUGCUGCAGUACUUGCUUCAAGUGUCUUCCUUGAUCAUGGUGGGACAUCUUGGUCACCUCUCCAUCGCCAGUGUUGCCAUUGCCAUCUCUCUUACCAACGUCACUGGUUUUAGUCUUCUUUCAGGAAUGGCUGGAGGAUUAGAAACUCUAUGUGGGCAAGCAUUUGGAGCAGAGCAAUACCACAAACUGGGAACCUAUACUUACGCUGCCAUAAUCUCCCUCUCAUUGAUUUGCCUCCCAAUUUCUGUCCUUUGGAUUUUCAUGGACAAGUUCCUGUUUCUUGUUGGACAAGACCCUUUAAUAUCCAUUGAAGCUUGCCAUUUUUCAAUGUGGCUUAUCCCGGGUCUAUUCGCUUCAGCAAUCCUCAAGCCUUUAACUCGAUAUUGCCAAACUCAGAGUUCAAUACUUCCAAUGCUUUUGAUUACCCUUGUGGUUUUAGUUUUUCAUAUUCUGACAUGUUGGAUUCUUAUUUACAAGUUUGAAAUCGGAAAGAAUGGAGCGGCUAUAUCAAUUAGUUUGUCUACUUGGUUGAAUGUUAUGUUAUUGGGGUUUUAUGUUACGUAUUCUUCUGUCUUUGAGAAAACUCGAAUUUCCUUUUCUAAAGAAGCUUUCCAAGGUGUUGGGGAGUUCUAUCGCUAUGCAGUCCCUUCUGCUAUAAUGGUUUGUCUUAAAUGGUGGUCAUGUGAGCUGCUUAUUCUGCUAUCUGGUCUUCUACCAAAUCCUAACCUGGAGACUUCAGUUCUAUCAAUAUGCCUAACCAUCUCAACAUUGCACUUCACCAUAUCAUACGGUGUUGGAGCCGCUACAAGCACAAGAGUGUCGAAUGAAUUAGGUGCUGGUAAACCAGAAGCAGCGCGAUUGGCCGUAUGGGCAGCAAUGUUUAUAGCAGCAACAGAGGCAGUAACAGUGAGCAUUAGUCUCUUCCUCUGCCGUUCAUUUGUGGGUUAUGCUUUCACCAAUGAGAAACAGGUCGUUAGUUAUAUUGCAAUCAUGGCUCCUCUCAUAUGUCUCUCAGUGUUUAUGGACAGCUUACAAGCUGUUCUUUCAGGAGUUGCUAGAGGGAGUGGUUGGCAACGCAUGGGAGCCUACAUUAAUCUUGGUGCCUUUUAUGUGGCUGGACUCCCCAUGGGUAUUGUACUUGGUUUUGUUGUACAUUUAAAGGGGAAGGGUCUUUGGAUUGGAAUAGUAAUUGGUUCAGUUGUACAAUCAACUCUUCUAUUUUUAGUUACAAUUUUCUCCAAUUGGAAAAAACAGGUACCAUAUAUUUAUAUAUAAAUAUAAAAUAUAUAAGGAAUAAUUAUUGUUUACGUUAUUAACUUACAAUUGAUAAUAUUGUGAUUCUAAUAUAUAAUAAUUUAUGGUAAA